CUAGAUUAAGCUUCGAGGCAGUAAAAGGUACCAUCUCCAGUCGCUUAUCCUCAUCCGGUCGACGAAACACCCUUUUGCCUCCCAACCGACAAAAGGAUUACAAUCAUAUCCUAGGAUAAGGCCAAAGUGGAAAGGCAGUAAGCCAAGCGGAAAGAAAAGGCCUGGAAGAUGACGCGAUCCAAGGCAAAAGUUCGGAACAAGAAGCAGAAAUCAGUGGCAGAUGAUCUUCAAGACCUCCGCAAAAAUCAUUUUACAAUGCAGCAAGAAGCGCGCAACACUGAAGGACGCAGCCUAUGGCGGACUGGUUCCUCACUACGCCACCAAACAGUCCGUUUUGUGAGCGCUCAGGACAUUGACCGGGAGAGUGAAACGCAACCCUCCCCAAGCUCAAUCGAGAUAAGCGCACCGGAAGAGAGUCUGGAAACACGGACGACCCAGAAUUGUGAUCAAGCAACGGCUACGUUCCUGUCAGAACCCAGGCCGGGGACCGAGGACUCGCCCCUCUGUGUUGAGUUACUUGACGAAUUCGAAUCCACAGCGAUAUCGGAUUCAAUGAAACAUAUCUCCAAGAAGUCUCAUGACGAUUCGAGUGAAGAUGAGGUUGUGUUUCGUGGCAGAAGACACCAAUAUGGGGAAGGCAGAUCACACCCGUCGGAUAUCCGGACGCAGAAAGUUAUUGCCGGUAGUCAGCAACCAAGAGCAUCCGAGCACAGCAAAUUGGAUUUCCUUUCCUCAAAUUCUGAGCCCAAAUCAUUGCUCGCUCCCAAGCCUCCACAGACAGAAACAUGCCCACAAGAAAUGGACGAUAGCCCAAAUUACUUCUCGCUUACCAGCGAUAAGCGGCGGCGCAAAAAAUGGAAAAGAGACGAUGAUGACAUACUCGCCGACUACAUAGAUAAUAUUGACACCGAGUACUUGAUACCGGGGAUACUGGGCAGCUCUCCGCACUUUAUUGAAGCUCGAGAGCCAGACAAUGCCGACAAGGUGGUACCAACGUCCGCUACGGGCCUGAACUCCGCAGCUGAGAAGAAUCUACAGCAAAGCGAGGCUUCCGCUCAACGCCAUAAUCCGACACUGAGCGAUGAGCAAGAGUGCAGCGAAAAUGAGGUUUCCGAGUACCACUGCAAUCAUUUGGACGAAGAAAUCAGUCAAGAGGUAUCCGGUAACCGAAUUUCUCAUACGGAUAGCGCCUCGACCUCUUCGUCAGACGGUUCGGACACAGAGGACAUAGAAGAUGACAAAUCUGAGAACCUGCACGCGGAUGGUAACAGCUUCUUUGCGUCUGCGACGGCUUUUGCUGAUGCAUUGGAUUUUGAUCCCUACUAUGGAUUCGAUAUCAUGGACUUCAACCGACCAAGUGUGAAAAAGAAGUCUAAAGGAAAGGGCCGGUCCUUGGACAUUAGUCUAUCAGACAGUGAACUUGAGUCCGAGUUGGUAAAUGCCUGGCAAAACGACAGAGCAAAGAAAAAGGCUAGAAAGCAAAAACGCGAAGAGCUGCGCUCCCAGGGCCUAUUAGGCCGGGGCCGCCAAAACCCGUCCUUGAAAGACAAAUAUUCCAAUGGAAUAGGCACCGAGGACUUGAGAAGCGAGAUUCGACAUUUCCUCCUCUCACCAAGGAAUAGCUUGGCUUUGCCUCCCAUGUCGAAGCAACACCGCAAACUGGUCCACGAGUUGGCCAAUGUCUUGUCUAUGAAAUCGCAAUCUCGAGGCAAGGGGUCCUCGAGGUUUCCCAUCGUAAACAAGACCUCACGGACUCCUGCAUAUUCAUCCAAAACAAUAUCUCAAAUGGACCGUAUAUUAUCAAAUGGGCGUGGGCAACGCGGGCUCAAAUCCCGCGACUCGAAGCCGAGCAAGCCUAGCAAGUCGCGCCGCGGGCGAACCGAUGCAACUGUUUCCUACAUGGAUGGUGAUGUCGUCGGAGGAUCGGCACCUGAAAUUGGUGCCGAGAAUAAGGGCAGGGCUAUGCUUGAGAAAAUGGGAUGGAGCAUUGGCACUCCUCUUGGUUCUAUGAAUAACAAAGGUAUUCUUCAACCUGUUGCACAUAUUGUGAAGAACUCGAGGGCUGGGUUAGGAUAAGUAGCAUGUGCAAGCGAUAGUCAGAGCAACUUGGUACUCUCAGCUUUCUUUCCUCUCCAUUUUUCUGUCUUCCUCAACCUACAUGCUAUGAUUGGACGUCAACUGGUUUGUUAGAGAAAUACUUGUAAAUAUACUAUCCGAUAUAGUGGUAUUGAAUCUCUG